AUGCCUUCCAAUCUGAAUAUAAUUCUGGACAACAACCAGUACGCACUUCUUUGCAGCGUCACUUUGUUCACUCUCUUCAUCGUGAGAUAUUCUUUCCUCCACAAUGGAAAGUACCCGUUCUUGAAUCCAAAGAAAACCUUCGAGCUUACGACCAAUCGUGUGGUCAGAGAGUUCAUUGGCAACAGCAAGAAUGUCCUCGCUAAAGGCAGAGCUUUGUACAAAGAUCAGCCUUACAGGGCUAACACAGAUUGGGGAGAAGUCGUUAUCAUACCUCCCCAGUUUCUCAGCGAACUGAAAAGUCACAAAGAUUUGGACUUCCAAACUCCCGCCGAGGAUGACUCUCAUGGAUACAUCCCCGGGUUUGAACCCUUCCAUGGCGAUCCCAACAUUUCCAAGGUGGUGAACAAGCACUUAACAAAAGCCUUGACCAGGGUCACUGGACCUUUGUCAGAGGAAGCAUCUUUGGCAUUCCGUGAUGUUUUUACCGAUUCAACAGAUUCUCUAGAGUGGCGUGAGAUGCAACCGUCCAAAGACUUUAUCCGCAUUGUAUCGCGCAUGUCUUCUCGAGUCUUCGUGGGUGAAGGCUUGUGCCGCAACGAAGAAUGGGUGAAGCUUUCAGGCGAAUACACUGUUCAAGCUUUCAUGACAGGUGACAUUCUACGCACGUAUCCACGAUGGGCUCGACCAUAUGUUCAUCAUUUCCUACCGUCUUGCCAAAAGCUGAGGCGCACACUCGAAGAGGCACGGCAAUGCUUAAAGCCAUUUCUAGAACAACGCAACACUAUCAAGGCUAAAGUAAUGGCCAAAGGGAAGCCAUGUCCAUUUGAUGAUUCUAUCGAAUGGUUCGAACAGGAAUACGAGCAGCAUGAUGCUGCAAUUUCUCAGAUAUCCUUAUCACUCGUGGCCAUACAUACCACUACCGAUCUGCUUACAGAGACAGUAUUCAACAUUGCUCUGUAUCCCGAGUUAUUCGAGCCGCUUCGUCAGGAGCUCAUUAGCGUCAUAACCACAGAUGGAUUGAAGAAGACUGCCCUCUACAACUUGAAAUUGAUGGAUAGCGUCAUCAAAGAGUCCCAGAGACUUAGACCGAUUAUCAUAGGCAAGUCUCAGCUGAAUUUUCUACCAGAUCAUUGUCUUACAACAUCUACAGGCUCCUUCAGGAGAUUAGCCACGGCAGACAUCACACUCCCUAAUGGAGAUGUCAUCAAGAAGGGAACCAGGAUUGUCUGCGACACUACACACAUGUGGAGUUCCGACUUUCACGAGAAUGGAGACAAGUUCGAUGGGUAUCGGUAUCUUCGCAUGCGAGAAGCGUCUGAGCAAGACAAGAACGCGCAUCCGCAUCUUGUCAGCCCCAGCGUUGACCACUUGGGGUUUGGCUAUGGCAAUCACGCCUGUCCGGGCAGGUUCUUCGCGGCAAAUGAAAUUAAGAUUGCUCUUUGUCACAUGCUUCUGAAGUAUGAUUGGAAGCUCGUUGAUGGUGUUGUUCCCAAGGCAUCUCCCUUUGGCAUGAUGCAAACAGCUGAUUCGCAAGUCAAGUUGCUUAUUAAGCGACGCUCUGAGGAAUUGGAUAUUGAUGCAGUUGAGCAUUAG